AUUUCACUUGGUUAUAAGAGCCAGAGAUCGUGAUGGAGGACAACGAUUAGAACAUGUCUCCUCCCAUCAGGACCUCCUCAGUUCAUCCGCUCCUUCAUUAUUUAUAAACACUGUAAACACACGUGACUCUCUGAGCUUUAUUUACUCCUCAUAAAGUUUCCAUGUGACUCCUGUUGAGUGAAGAACACCGGAAGCUGCUCCUUGUGAACAUCUGUGAGUCAACAUGUGAUUGAUUGAUUGACAGCGCGGUGACAACAAAGGCGAUUUGUAAUAACAGAGAUGUAAUAAGUUAUAGAGGGGAACUUUAAGAGCAGGUGCCUCCAUGUAAACACGUGUUGUCUCGGUCCGGUCAGGGAGGCGAGGGUUCGAAUCCCUGUCCGCGUCCCUUCCUUGUGUCCACUCACAUCUGAUGGUGUGGAACGAGGACUUCGGCCUCUUCUCGAAACUUUCCCCGAGCUUCAGCACGUGCUCCUCCUUGUCCAGCAGCGGGUUGGUGCUCCCGUUCAUGUCUCCGUGUCGACACGAGCGUGUCACGAUCCACACGCACGCGCGGGUCACCGGGGAAACCGAGAUGCGCCCGUCCGAGAGCCGAGACACACCGUUAGCUUCCGAUGCUAAGCGUUAGCAAAACAUCCCCUGACGUCACUCGACCGCGCCUCUUCCGGUUUUAGUCCAGCGGUGAAAUGUUAGAAAAUCUACUUUUUUAACCUGAUUAAAUAUAAAACUGUUUAUCGGGAAAAAACACAAUAAAGUUAAACGAUUAUUUUUCUCUUUUUUUGUUAUUUUAUUCAGUGAUUUUAUUCAGUUCUGGAAAAUAUCCACGUCCCACGGGGAGGAACUGACUUCAGUGUCCAUGCGACACGGAGGAAUUAGACUAACGGACAAGAUGGCCGCUGCAUCAAUGCUUUUAGUCGCCGGUGUUUUGAACAAAUUAUUUAGUUAUUAGCGUCUUUAAGUUCAUGUGAAAUCCAUCCUGUGUUUACUAUCUUAAAGAUUAAAUAUUAUUUAAGUUAAACACAAACAAAGAGGCGUCAGUAAAGUAGCUUUUAAGGCAACAUGGCGCUGUCCACACACGAGACAGGUGAGAUCACAACAGGUGAGCUGUCCCCGUGUGUCCCGGGACAGACGGGGACAGCUCCGACCCGGGAGGAGGUGGACGGACCCGGCGGGGAGCGACCUCUGGUGUCCGGCUUCAAGCAGAUGAAGCUGGAGAAAGAAGCUCAGAAGAACUGGGACUUGUUCUACAAAAGAAACACCACGAAUUUCUUCAAGGACAGACACUGGACCUGCAGGGAGUUCGAGGAGCUCCGAGCCUGCAGAGAGUUUGAGUCCCAGAGGCUGGUUCUGCUGGAGGCCGGCUGCGGUGUGGGGAACUGCCUCUUCCCUCUGCUGGAGGACGACCUGAACAUCUUUGUUUACGCCUGUGACUUCUCUCCACGAGCUGUGGAGUUUGUCAAACAAAACCCUCUGUUCUGCCCUGAGCGCUGCUCGGCCUUCCACUGCGAUCUAACCAGAGACGACCUGAAGACCAACGUGCCGGAGGGCAGCGUGGACGUGGUCACCCUCAUCUUCGUUCUGUCGGCCGUCCAUCCCGAUAAGAUGAAGCUGGCUCUGCAGAACAUCAGCAGGGUGCUGAAGCCCGGAGGCGUCGUCCUGUUCAGAGACUACGGGCUGCAGGACCACGCCAUGCUGCGAUUCAAAGCAGGAAGCAAACUGGGGGAGAACUUCUACGUGAGACAGGACGGCACCAGGUCCUACUUCUUCUCCAAAGAGUUUCUGGCCGAGCUCUUUGCGGACGCGGGCUUCCAGUGUGUUUCCAACGACUACGUCCUGAGAGAGACGGUCAACAAGAAGGAGGGGCUUUGUGUUCCCAGGGUGUUCCUGCAGAGCAAGUUCACCAAGCCUGACCAAUCAGACAGCUCCUGACGUCACAUGGUCGCCACUUGUCUCCUCAUGAAUCUCCAGAGACGAUCACGAGACGGAUGAGACCAGUUGAAACUUAUCGGUGAAGAAGCUUCUUAUGUAGAACCUGUGACCUGAUCCUCACCGUGUUUGAUCUCUUUAGACCGUCGGGGGGGGGGCUGCUUCACCAUCAGAGGAAGACUUGUACUUGGAAUCUUAAAGAGGGAAAUACGUGGAACUUGUUUGUGAGUUUCAGCCUCAGCACUUAUCGCCAAGAGCUGAAUCUUGAAGUUUUUUCCAAGUUGACAUCUUUUCUUCUACACGAUGGUUCCUGUUUUUCAUCCUGAGAUAUUUGUAUUUUUCCAGUUUUUUACCAUAAGAAAUAUCAUCAACGCUGACUUUUCUGGACAGUUUAUUUAGAGUCUGGCAGGAGAAGUCUAGAAAACCUCCAGAGCAACUGAGUCAGAUGGUGGUUAAAGAGGAAAGUGUUGUUAGAGUGUGUUGUCGGGACAAAGGACCAAAGUUUCAACUCGAUGCACCUGAAACUUUUUCUCUCAGUCCAAACAUCUCUUGCAAUGACUCACAGGCUCCGACUGUACGCGUGGCUUUAGACCUGAUUACAAAACUGUGCACGACCUGCUGCAGUUUCCUGUCCUGUGGUCGGACAUGUGCAGCCUCUCACUGCUCUGGAAACAAACAACAGGUGGAAACGGGUUCGAGUCUUGUGCACGUAAAUGCAAAUUCGACAGUGUACUGGUUAAAGAUCAGAGGUAAAACAGAAUCGACUCAUCUGUGAAGAUGAGCUUUGUCUUUUUACAGAUCACCACAUGGUUCAGGUUCAUUCUGCUGCUUCUCGUGUGGUUUUCUGACUCUGACCAAAAGCACAGAAGGAAACUGAACCAGGGCCGAGUGUUUCAAACAAGCUUCAGCACUGAGGCUACUUUUAGCUGCAGAUCGUUUUAGCAGCUUCUCGCACCUCAGACCAGCCGACAGGAAAACCAGCAGGUUGAAGGUGUGAUCCGUUUCUAUAGAAACUGACUCUACCUCCACUUUAUAACAUCAGAAAACACUUUCCUCAGGAGUUUAUGUCUCAGUCUCUAGUUUCAAGUAUUCUUCAACACAGCUGAUGUUCAUUCAGUGGAUUAUGUGUGGACACUGAGUGAUGGUGACGUCUCUGUUGGUUCAAACUCAAUGGAAUCAGAUUGCAGAUCUUGUUUUUUGGCAUAAGCCCUUUUUAUUGAUAUGACAGGGGGACAGCGGGAAAGGGGGAGAGCGAGCCGGGUGGACGUGCAGCAAAGGGCCGGGUUCGAACCUCAGCGGCAGCAGCUGCAGGACUCGAGCCUCCGUACAUGAGAGUCUUUACGACUCUGAGCUAAAAACACUGAAACAGGUUCAACAGAUGAGGAAGCAUCAAAUUAAACAAAGGGGAAAAUCAUUUAGCUGAAAAGGUUUGUGAAACGUGGUUUAUUCAACUUGUUUGAACAUUUAAAUCCUUAAUGAACAGAGUCGCCAGCGUCAGGUUAUGGAGCUGCAAGAGAGUGAAACAGGAAAACAACAUGUAAACAACUUGUUUCCUCCAAAAAAGACAUUUAACUUUGCAUUAAACUAAUAAACAUCCUCAAGAAAUGAACUACAUCAAGUCUCGUGAUCUGCUUCAGACACAAACUCAGUUAUAAUAAUGAUUUUCCUCCUCGAUGAGGACUUUACCUUGGACCUUGAUCCGGAUGAAGUGUCCCAUGGCCGCCUCUCCCUUCUCACACUUUGCUUUGCAUUGAAACUGACCCGUGUCGUCUGCUGUGAGGUCGAGGAUCUCCGUCUCCACCUGCCUGAGUCUCAUGUUGCCUUCAGAGACUGUCUCGUUCACUGUGGUGAUGUACUUGCUGGGGUCAGUCAGCGCUCUGUCACUCUGAGUCCAGACCACGUGCACCGGGCCACAGUGCUCCUGGUCAUAGUUUGCUUUGCAGGACAGUUUGACGGACGAGCCGCGGGACACAGUGAGGCUCCUCUGAGGGUAGAGAACCUCUAAGGUCACUGGAACACAAAGGGAACUACGUUUAGAUGGUUUUAUUUUAGACAGACUUGAUUUCCCUCAGCGACUGUUGAGAAACAGAUAAUUGAUUUUUAAAAAGCUAAACCAGUUCAGAGGAAACCUGUCGACGUGUUAAUGGUCGACUGCAUAAUUACAACUAGUAUAGAUAAUUACACAGAGAAAGAUAUCUGUCACGUCCCAUCCGUACAACAAGUCACUCAAUCUUCUCGACACACAAACAGAGUCAAAAACACAACCUUCUUGCCGGAGGAGAAACCGGUCUGAGACACAAGUCUUUACUCACCUUUGUCCUCAGCCGAGGACAGACACAGUGUCCCCAGCAGCAGCAGCACCGAAGGUCCAGUGAGUCGAGACAUUCUUGUUAACACACCGUCACAGGAACGAAGAGCAACACAACCUGUGUCACCACACGUUGGCUGGUGAACUGUGAGCACACGUGAGGAGCAGAUGUGUUGGUGGAGGGUGUGCUUCUUCUGUCUGAUGUUUCCAUCCUCUCUGAGAACUACAGACUUUACUUUGAAGUGUCUCAGUUUUGAGUUUUGCUUUCUCUGCCCCCUUCUAGUUUUCAUGAUCCAGAAGUUGUCUUGUUAUAAUCUAAAGUUUUUUUAAGUCCCAGGAAGCUUGUUUUUUAUCAAACUACAUUAAUAUACGUCUGAAAUCAACGACAACAAAACUGCUUGUGUGCUUCUCAAUAUGAUUAAAAACAACAAAAAAAGCUGA